CCGGAUCCAGCCUCCUCCCCCUCCCCAGCCUUUCAUCCUCGCGCCUCACCUCCAAAUCCCUGCCCCAUUCCCGCCACCGAUGUGUGUGCCUUCCCAAAGCCCUGUCCCAAUCCUUGCUCCCGCAUUUGCCAGACGAGAAAUUGCGUUUGUCUCCGCCGCCGGUAAGAAAAAGAAGGAGAUCGAGUGGGGUAGGGCGAUGGCGAGAUCCGUCGAGGCACGCGGUGAUGGUGGCGGAGAUGUUCCGAUUGGCGGCGAUGUUCCGGUUGGCGGCAAUGUUCCGGUUGACAACGAUGUUCCCGUUGGUGGCGAUGAGGGGUUCUUCGAAGUUCGAAGGAGACCUGCGAUGCGGAAGAGUGCCGGGCUGCGAUGCCAAGAGGGACGGAAGUCAGAUGCAAUUUUAGAUUUAAGGGCAUUUUGGUCUCUCACGUCUUUUUUUCUCUCUUUUUCUCUCUUUUCUGUCCAUACGGGAAUGUGGUCUUAUUUUUUUAAAAUGUAAAGCCGAUGAUUGCCAUUAUUUCUUAAAAUUAU